AUGAAACCUGUUAAUACAGAGCGUGAUGAUACAAGAAGCGAAAGAUUGUCGCAAGCUGUUUUGUUUAUUCAGAUAUGCAAUUUUAUACAAAGCAAGAAAAGCAGCAGUUUCAGGAAAUUUAAAAUGUGCAUGAGUAUCCCUGAAAAAUCAAAUUUAGUAUCAAAAUUUGAUACUCAUUCUAUUUAUUCUCCUAAUGGUCGUUAA